AUGACCGGGGAGAAGAUCCGCUCAUUGCGGAGGGACCACAAGCCCAGCAAAGAAGAGGGGGACCUGCUGGAGCCUGGGGAUGAGGAAGCGGCGGCUGCCCUCGGCGGCACCUUUACCGGAGGCAGGAUUGGCACAGGCGGCAGCAGCAAGAGCGGUAGAGCCUGUCAUAAGAUCUUCAGUAACCAUCACCACCGGCUACAGCUGAAGACAGCUCCGGCCUCCUCCAAUCCCCCCGGCGCCCCGGCCCUGCCGCUGCACAAUUCAUCCGCGACUCCCAUCUCCCAGUCCCCGGCUCUUUUAGCUGGCACCAACCCCAUUGCUGUCGUCGCAGGUGGAGGCAAUUGCCCUGCACACUACCCGGUGCACGAGUGCGUCUUCAAGGGGGAUGUGAGGAGACUGUCCUCUCUCAUCCGCACGCACAAUAUCGGGCAGAAAGAUAAUCACGGAAACACUCCUUUACAUCUUGCUGUGAUGUUAGGAAAUAAAGAAUGUGCCCAUUUACUUUUGGCUCACAAUGCUCCAGUAAAGGUGAAAAAUGCUCAGGGAUGGAGCCCGCUGGCGGAAGCCAUCAGUUAUGGAGACAGACAGAUGAUUACAGCUCUUUUAAGGAAGCUUAAGCAGCAAUCCAGGGAAAGUGUUGAAGAAAAACGACCUCGAUUAUUAAAAGCCCUGAAAGAGCUAGGUGACUUUUAUCUUGAACUUCACUGGGAUUUUCAAAGCUGGGUGCCUUUACUUUCCCGAAUUCUGCCUUCUGAUGCAUGUAAAAUAUACAAGCAAGGUAUCAAUAUCAGGCUUGACACUACUCUCAUAGACUUUAGUGACAUGAAGUGCCAACGAGGGGAUUUAAGCUUCAUUUUCAAUGGGGAUGCGGCACCCUCUGAAUCUUUUGUAGUAUUAGACAAUGAACAAAAAGUUUAUCAGCGAAUACACCAUGAGGAAUCAGAGAUGGAAACAGAAGAAGAGGUUGACAUUUUAAUGAGUAGUGAUAUUUACUCUGCAACCUUAUCCACCAAAUCAAUUUCUUUCACGCGUGCCCAAACUGGAUGGCUUUUUCGGGAAGAUAAAACAGAAAGGGUAGGAAACUUUUUGGCCGACUUUUAUCUGGUGAAUGGACUUGUUUUAGAAUCAAGAAAAAGAAGAGAACAUCUCAGUGAAGAAGACAUUCUUCGAAAUAAGGCCAUUAUGGAGAGUUUGAGUAAAGGUGGAAAUAUAAUGGAACAGAAUUUUGAGCCGAUUCGAAGACAGUCCCUUACCCCUCCUCCUCAGAACACUAUUACGUGGGAAGAGUAUAUAUCUGCUGAAAAUGGAAAAGCUCCUCAUCUGGGUAGAGAACUGGUGUGCAAAGAAAGUAAGAAAACAUUUAAAGCCACAAUAGCCAUGAGCCAGGAAUUUCCCUUGGGAAUUGAAUCAUUAUUGAAUGUUUUGGAAGUAAUAGCUCCCUUCAAGCACUUUAAUAAGCUUAGAGAAUUUGUUCAAAUGAAACUUCCUCCAGGCUUUCCUGUAAAACUAGAUAUACCCGUGUUUCCUACGAUCACAGCCACUGUGACUUUUCAGGAGUUUCGAUAUGAUGAAUUUGAUGGCUCCAUCUUCACCAUACCUGAAGACUACAAGGAAGACCCAAGCCGUUUUCCUGAUCUUUAA